CUGAAAUUCUCACUCAGUUCCCAUGUUUUUUUUGUCAUGAGAUUUCCAAGUUCCAUUAUUUUUCUUUGAGGGAAAUAAUAGUAUCUAUUUUUUUUCUUCAAUUUUGAAGAGUGAUGGGAUUAUUAUAGAGUGGAAACUAUGAAUAUCUUACCUAAGAAAAGAUGGCACGUCAGGACGAAGGAGAACAUAGCUCGCGUAAGAAAAGACGAGGCGGAAGCUGCAGAAAAAGAGAGACAGGAAAGGCUUAGGACUGACAUUGCAGAUCGGGAAGCUCGGCUCAGUAUCCUAAAGAAAAGAAGCAAACAAAAACUUGAGGAAGCUGGCAUAGCAACAACUGAACCUGGCCCAACACCUACAGAACACACAAUCUCAAAACACAUUAACCUAUUUGAGGAUCUAGCACACGCCGUGAAAACUACUAACAAGGAACACGACCAAGAAGCGAAAGUAAAAAAAGAAGAAUAUGAAAAAAAAAUUGGAUAUUUAACCUAUUUAGGACAAGAUACAAAUGAGGCUCUAAAAAAGAAAAACUGGUAUGAGGUACCGCCUGAUAAUUCAAGAUUUUCCAGAACAGAUGAGAUCAAAGACACUUAUGAUAAACUUGUAUUAAAAGAUGCAGAUGGGAAACCAAAAACAAAAGAAUUGGACAUAAUAAAUGGUGAAGUAUCUUGGAAAGCAAAACAAAGGUUAGAUCCAAUAAAUGCAUUUAGAAAAUCCUGUUCAGAAAGUAAAACUGUCUCUAAGGUAGCUAAACCAGAAGCAACUACUAUAAGUAGUAAUAUAAACAUGAUAGAAGAGUGCGCUAAACAAAAGCAUGGUAAAGAUAAAAAAAAGAAAAAGAAGCAGGACAAAGAUAAAGAGGAUAAAGAAAAAAAACUGCAGAAAUUAAGAGAAGCGAGAUUAAAAAGAGAACAUCAGGAGAAACAAAGAACUGAAAUAUUCUUAACUGGACUUAACCCUACAACUAGUAAGGCAUCUCACGAGCCAGUUAACAAAGUGAAACCCAAAUAUAAUUCUCAAUUUAAUCCAGAAUUGGCAAGACAAAACUAUAGGUAGUAAAAAUGGAAACAAUGUAAACAACAUAGAUUUUAUUUACAUUAUAAUUCAUGUUUACACAUAAUAUUA